UCAUUUUCAAAUUUUUUUCUUUUCAUUAUAUAUAUAUAUAUAUAUAUUUCUAAAGCUUCCUGCACUCUGUUAUGAAGACCACCACCAAGUUCAUCGUGUUCCACCCUUCCGUACAGAAGGCCGCCGGCGCCGGCGCCGGCCACCGCGCCUGGCUGGUGGUUUUCGUACUCUUCUUCAUAUUCACUUUCGUCUUCACUCUCGUCACCACUAAGGAGUUUUCCACCGCCUCCGCCGCCGAUUCAAGCGGCGGAGCCGCCGCCUCUCGGCUGCCGCAACCGCUCGCCGAUGCGCUGAUCCACUACGCAAUCGAAAACUCCACGGCGGCGACCUCCGGACGCAUGUCUCCGGCGGAGAUAAAAUCCGUCGCAUCUGUGCUCCGGCGCUGCGCCGCCCCGUGCAACCUCCUCGUCUUCGGUCUGACGCACGAAACCCUACUCUGGCACGCGCUGAACCACCACAGAGGCGGCGGCGGAGGCGGCGGCCGGACGGUGUUCGUCGGCGAGAAUUCGUACCAAAUCUCGAAGAUGGAGGAGGUCCAGCCGUGGAUCGAGGCGUACGACGUGCAAUUCGCGACGAAGGUGAGAGAGCUGCCGGAGCUGAUGGAUCACUACCGGCGGGAGGCGAGGAAGGAGUGCCGGCCGGUGCAGAACCUCCUGUUUUCCGAUUGCAGAUUAGCCAUUAACGAUCUCCCCAACCACGUGUACGACCUGGCGUGGGACGUGAUUCUGGUGGACGGUCCGCCGGGGUACGCGGCGGAGGCGCCGGGGCGGAUGGCGGCGAUUUUCACGGCGGGGGUUCUGGCGCGGACCAGAAGAGCGGCGCGUGGGACGCACGUCUUCGUCCACCAAAUUGAGAGGGAAGUGGAGAAAGUGUGCAGCCAAGAAUUUCUGUGCCCCCAAAAUUUGGUAGAGAUUAAAGAUUCAUUAGCACAUUUUCUCAUAAAUAAUAAUAAUAAUAAUAAUAAUGAUAAUUAUGAAAUGGGAUUUUGUUCGAAUUUAGAGUCAUCUGGAAAAUCAACAAUUUGAGGUUUAGGGUUUGGUUUUUAAAUUCUCAUUUUGAGAAUCUGUGUGGAUUAAUUCGUUUCUCAACUGUAUGUAUGGAUGUACUGUGGAAUAGUAAUUUAUGUGUUUGGAUAUAUGAAAAAGCAAGUGUAAAAAAGUACCAUUUAAUGAUAGUACUUUUUAUUCAU